AUGGAAUCUGAAAAAAAUAAUAAAGAUUUUAAUCCAACUCAAGAAGCUCAAACUAAAACAUCUGUUCCGCCACUUCCAUCAAAAGAUAUACUUGUUAAACAUUCCAAUACUUGUAAAGGGACAUCUGAGGAAAAUCAAAAUUGCGUUACUUCUGAUGAAGAUACACUUGAUCCAUUUAAACUUUUUUCUCAUUUAGUCUUGUUGAAUCAAUUCAAGAAACUUGAAUUAGAAGAUGAAAAGAUUGAUGCUAGAUAUUUGCUUCGUGCAAUCAAUCGUUACAUUUUAUGGUUGAGGAUGUUGAAUGAACAAGAAGAGAAAGAAAAUUUACCAAUUCCACCAAUUGAUGUUUUGUGGGAAAACUAUACAAAAAUGCCAUGGAUUCUUGAUCCUAAUGAUGAUUCUGAUUUUAUUCUUGUGUGUCCUUGGUGUAAUGAUUCAAAUUUUGUCAAAUGGGACAAAUAUGUUGAUUUAGUAAGAAACCCAAACGAUGAAUCUUCAUCAGUUAUGUGCAAUAAAUGUAAAGUUAUUUUAACUCCAAACAAUUUAUCAGCUAAAAGAUUUCUGGAUGACAUUAAUGAUUGUAUUAGCCACACAGCGAAUAAAUAUACCAGUGGAACAUUGUUUAAUCAUAGAAUUGGUGAAAUUGAUGCAGAAGCUGCAAGUGAUGAUAUUGAUUUGCUUUUUUCAUCAGCUGUUAUGCAUAAAGUUCCUAAAUUAAAAGAACUUUUGGAAUCAUCAAAAGACAGUUCUUUAAGUUGUAAUUGGGAAAAUAUCAGCCAAUACUUGUCAGAAUCAAUUGCCUAUCUAAAGAAAGAGAAACAAUUUAAAUUAUUAAAUAAUACUAUAGUUGAAAAAGUCAUUAUAUCUUACAAAGAUAAUAUCUUUCCAUUUGCUUUCAGCCUAUUGGAUGCAGUCAACAGACAAAGAAAAUUCACUCACAAAAUGGUAGUCAAUUGCUGUCAUUGGAUUUGUAAUUAUCAAAUACAAAAUAAUGCUAUUAAAAAAUAUGAAUGUUUCAUGAAAUUGAUUGGUAAGAAUCCAUAUAAAUGCAUUGUACCAACAUUAGAUAUUGAUUUAGCAUGGCAUACACACAUGUUGAAUCCAAAAUUUUAUAAAAAAUAUACAAUGGAAAAAACCAAAAGAUUUAUCAAUCAUGAUGAUAGUAUAGAAGAUCAAGUCAUUGAUAAAUCAUUUAAGGAGACUUGCAAACUAUGGUACAAGGAAUUUGAUGAACUUUAUACCAAUACAGUUAAACCUUCUGAUUAUUUAUUCAGUAAGAAACAAAAAAUCCUUGGAGUUUUAGCAUUCCCUUUUGGUGCUUACAUGCUUACUGAAACUACAAAGGUUACUGAAGUCUAUAAAAAAUCAAAAGUUGGUGGAUGUGCAAUUAGCAAUAAUACUGGAACAAGAAUAGUGAAACCAUCUAGAAGUUUUUUCAAGAGCCGUGGCAGUAAUAGUAAGAGUAGCAACAUUAAUAGUAGUAAUGGUAAUAAUUUUAUUUUUGUUAGUGGUGAUGGUGGUGGUGGUGGUGGAUGCAGUGGUGGUGAUGGUGGUGGUGGUUGUGGUGGUGGUUGUGGUGGUUGUGGCGGUUGUGGUGGUUGUGGUGGUUGUGGUUAA